AUGGCCACGAUCUGCGAGAUUACCGAGGCUCCCUUUGCGAACGCUAUCUGUCAUCCCUUCACAGCCUCCGAUGGCACUAUUCUUGCCGUCUUCACCCUCGAUCCCGCCAAGGCCAAUGAGGGCAACUUCGACGGCAUGAAGACUGCUGCUAACUCUGGAGCCACUACCUGGGUUCCCAACAAGAAAGCCGGCAACGAGGACUUCUGCAACAACGUCAAUGGUCUUCACUCUGGCCACAUCAACCCCUACAUGCCCCUCGUCUCUGACUGCCUCGCCAUCAAGGACUGGGCUGCCUCCAACGCUGGCCACUGGGCCGUCUCCAAGGCUGACUUGGACAAGCACCGCUGGGUUGCCCUCUCUGUCGCUGGCACCUGCGCCUUUGUCGUCGGCGCCACCAAGGAGAACCGCCCCGAGGCUGGUAUCAAAAUCGGCAACCAGGAUGUCACCGAGAUCAUCCAGCAUGCUAUUUACAAGCAUAGAAUGAUGGACCAGGUCGAGGGCCCUGGAAUCAUCCGCGAUCCUGCCUGUGGUUCUCUCUGCGCCUUCACCGAGCCCCCUUGUCCCAAAGCUGUCUGCCACGAGGUCCUUCUCGACAACGGCAAGUUCAAGGCUAUCUUCACCCUCCCGAAGGUCGGCAAGAACGACUUUUCGAGCGUCGAGGGUGUGAUCUCCCCAGGUGUGGAGGUCAAA